UGUUACAGUGAAAGAAGAGAAAGACGUUUCAGUGAAAGAAGAGAAAACGUUUCAGUGAAAGAAGAUGAAGACGUUUCAGUGAAAGAAGAGGAAGACACGUUCAGAGUAAAAGAAGAGGAGGAUGAGAAGGAGGAGGGGGAGAUUACUGUCACAUUGGAGGAAGAAGAGGAGGGUGGUGAUCUGUUUAACACCAGAGAGAUACGGGACUAUCGUGGAUCCUCUGGGGAGCCUCAACAACCUCAUGAUGCUGAAGAGGGAGAGAAGGGUCUCUCCAGAUCAGAACACCUCAAUAAACAAUGUGGGAAGAGGUUUGGUCGAUCUGGAGAGCUGACAGUGCACCAGAGAACACACACAGGAGAGAAAUCUUACAGCUGUGGUCAAUGUGGGAAGAGUUUUUGUCGAUCUGGAGAGCUGACAGUGCACCAGAGAACACACACAGGAGAGAAAUCUUAUAGCUGUGGUCAAUGUGGGAAGAGUUUUUGUCGAUCUGGAGAGCUGACAGUGCACCAGAGAAUACACACAGGAGAGAAACCUUAUAGCUGUGAUCAAUGUGGGAAGAUGUUUGGUCGAUCUUGCCAUCUGACUCUACACCAGAGAAUACACACAGGAGAGAAACCCUAUAGCUGUGAUCAAUGUGGGAAGAGUUUUGUUCAAUCUGACCAGCUGACAGUUCACCAGAGAACACACACAGGAGAGAAACCGUACAGCUGUGGUCAAUGUGGGAAGAGUUUUACAACAUCUGGCUCUCUGACUCAACACCUGAGAACACACACAGGAGAGAAACCCUAUAGCUGUGUUCAAUGUGGGAAGAGUUUUGUUCAAUCUGACCAGCUGACACGACACCAGAGAACACACACAGGAGAGAAACCCUAUAGCUGUGAUCAAUGUGGGAAGAGGUUUGGUCGAUCUUGCCAUCUGACUCUACACCAGAGAAUACACACAGGAGAGAAACCAUAUAGCUGUGAUCAAUGUGGGAAGAGUUUUUGUCGAUCUGGAGAUCUGAGAGUGCACAAGAGAAUACACACAGGAGAGAAAUCUUAUAGCUGUGGUCAAUGUGGGAGUAGUUUUCCUACAUCUAGCGGUCUGACAGUUCACCAGAGAACACACACAGGAGAGAAACCCUAUAGCUGUGAUCAAUGUGGGAAGAGAUUUGCUACAUCCGGCCACCUGACUCUACACCAGAGAACACACACAGGAGAUAAAUCUUAUAGCUGUGAUCAAUGUGGGAAGAGUUUCACAACAUCUGGCUCUCUGACUCAACACCUGAGGACACACACAGGAGAGAAACCCUAUAGCUGUGGUCAAUGUGGGAGGAGUUUUACUACAUCUAGCGGUCUGACAGUUCACCAGAGAACACACACAGGAGAGAAACCGUAUAGCUGUGGUCAAUGUGGGAGGAGUUUUAGUCAAUCUGGAGAGCUGACAGUUCACAAGAGAAAACACACAGGAGAGAAACCUUAUAGCUGUGAUCAAUGUGGGAGGAGUUUUGUUCAAUCUAGCCAGCUGACUUCACACCAGAGAACACACACAGGAGAGAGAUACUCUGAUAAAAGAUAUCUGAUCAAACAUCAGAAAAUACAUACAUGAAGAAGUUGUUUCAAGAUAUCAAUGAAAUAAUGUCAGAAUGUAGAAUUUUUUGAAAACAUUGUAGUAGGAGUAUUUUAAUGAUGUCAGAAUGUAGAAUGUUUUAACAUUGUAGUAGGAGUAUUUUAAUGAUGUCACAAUGUAGAAUGUUUUAACAUUGUAGUAGGAUUAUUUUAAUGAUGUCACAAUGUAGAAUGUUUUAACAUUGUAGUAGGAUUAUUUUAAUGAUGUCACAAUGUAGAAUGUUUUAACAUUGUAGUAGGAGUAUUUUAAUGAUGUCACAAUGUAGAAUGUUUUAACAUUGUAGUAGGAUUAUUUUAAUGAUGUCACAAUGUAGAAUGUUUUAACAUUGUAGUAGGAGUAUUUUAAUGAUGUCACAAUGUAGAAUGUUUUAACAUUGUAGUAGGAGUAUUUUAAUGAUGUCACAAUGUAGAAUGUUUUAACAUUGUAGUAGGAGUGUUUUAAUGAUGUUCUACCUUAUUGUUUGUCCUGUUCAAUUGAUUGUGGCAUGAUAUGGAUAUUAACCUCAGGGGGAAAUCCAGGCUCUGAAUUGAAAGAGUAUUAUUUUACGAAAAAAGAGCUGCGUUACACUUACUGCGUUGGUGACCCACUAAUCAAAAUGCAGCACUUCAAAAUGUAGCCAGCUGUUUUCUACAAGUUGAAAAAGCUGCUUGUUUAAAAAAUAUGAUAAUUGUUGCAGAUGUUUGUGUAUAUACACACACAUGAAAGCUGUACAAUAAAUUGGUCUAUAAUCAAUUGUAUUAACAAUCUGACAUCACUCCAGUAUUUUUUGACAACAUUCAAAUGUUAAUUGUCUUUAUUCCACUACUGAAGAAGCAUGUCUCAAAUCACCUCAUAUUUCAAACAUUCAGCCUGACAAAAUAUACAUGUUUUAUUAUUCCAUGCCUCACCAUUAAGUGAAUACAUAUUAACAAAGGGGUGAACAUUUGGUUUUGAUUUUCAUAAUUAUUUAUGCAACCAGCUGACCCUUUUUGGGUUUUUAUUGGUAAAAUUAUAUUGAUGUUGUUGCCCUGCUUUUAGAAUAUCAGGAUUCAUUCUCAGAUGUUCCAACCCAAAUGUACUGGAGCACGACAUUGGGGACUUGGCCCCGAUCCAACAACAUGCCCAUCGAGUGAACCCUGAAAAGAGAGCGAGAAGUAAGGUGGAAAGUUACUACGGAUAUUGCGGGAGUUGGUUGCUGAUUGUCUCAAGGGUGGGCAGUCAGCAAGUUUUGCAUUUAGCCAGUGCUUGGCCAUGGAUUACAAUUUAUUUUGACUGCAUGUUUUUCCGUAUUGGAGAAUAGAAUUACAAUUUAUUUUGUUCCAAGGGAACGUGAGUUGUAGAAUCUAGUGGGGGAGAAAUAUAGGAUACAUUUGUUGUCUUAACGGGGAAGUUGUUACAGGCUUUGGAUUUGAGGUUGGACUUUCACACACAGAACGCACUGAUUGGUGUCACCUCGUUAUUAUGUGUCACACCUGUGCUGGCUUGUCCAUCUGUUUCUGUGUUUACCUUCAGCAGGAUCCAUCUGUUUCAGUGUUUACCUUCAGCAGGAUCCAUCUGUUUCAGUGUUUACCUUCAGCAGGAUCCAUCUGUUUCAGU